AGAAGCCGAACUCAAACAGCAGAAGCGGCGAAGCAUCACUGACCAAUGCCUUCCCUGGCCUUUUCGCCUCACCGCUUUAUCCAGGGAAUCGUGGGACCCACGUAUUACGUGGCACUUUGGGUCCCACUUGCCACGUGUAGUACGAAAGAGGAAAAAUGGCGAAGUUUUCUUCAGGUGGAGGUGAAGAUGGUGAGGAACCCAGUUCUUACUGUCUCAGCCAGGACAGUUCUUCAGGUUCACUCAGACCCAACGGUGGAGGUUCCAUUUCCAUCGCGUUGACUGACCCACACUUGCUUGAUUGCGAAACACUGGCAAUUCCUGUAUUCCAGGUACCGAAUGAAAGGGAGCUUGCAUUGGUAAAGAGAAAGGCUGAUGAGUAUAUUGCAACGGAAGGCAAGAGGAAAAAGAAGAAGAAGAAGAAUAAGCAGUCAAAUACUCCUCGUCCAGCAUGCUCCUGGGUGUAUUUUAGCCGAGAGUUUAUCAAGGAAUACAGCGCCUCUCAUCCUGAAUCUUCUGGCCUCAAAGCUGCUACAAAGGCAGCAUCUGAUGCUUGGAAAUCAAUGAGCCUUGAAGAGAAAGCAAAAUAUACUAGACGUGCUCGUGAAGUGUGGGAUAACUACUUGAGCACAGCUCCUGUCCGUACACCAAAACCUAGAAAGCAGACUAAGCUUGUCACAAGAUGCUCGCCUGGUCGCUUAUUCAAUGUGCUACAGCGCCUUACAUCUGAACAAAAGGAUGCCGUCAAAAGCAUGGGAUUUGGAAGCCUCCUUGGCCUUAGAUGCCGGACUCUCCGCCGUAGUUUAUGUCUUUGGCUAUUGGAGAGAUUUAACACUACACGAUGUAGCUUGGAGAUUUGUGGUGAACAUAUUCCUUUGAACCCAAAAGAUGUGGAGUUUGUGAUGGGAUUAGCAGCUAGUGGGAAGGAUGUGGUGAACUCAGGGCCAGAUGAAUUAAUUGCAGACUUACGACAUAAUUAUAAUGCAACAAAUCGUGGUAUUUCAGUCCGCCUGUUAGAAGAUAGGUUGGCAGCUCCUGAAGCAGGAGAGGAUUUUAAGAGAUCAUUUGUCCUCUAUGCAUUGGGUACUCUUUUGUCACCAACAGCCAGGCUAGAUGUUAGCCCAUCGUUUCUCCAUUUCUUGACAAAUAUGGGUGUUGUCCAUCAGUACAACUGGGGGAAAUUCUUACUUGACCGGCUAGUUCGGGAGGUAUCACGCUAUCGCCAAGGGAAACAACGUGCGGUUGGUGGCUGUCUUUUGUUUCUUCAGCUUUUUUAUUAUGAAAGAAUCUCCCUUGAGGGAUAUGAUGCUUUUGUCCCUGUUGUUGUCCCAUGCUUAUCUUCAUGGGGUGAGGAUGAGAUUAAUGAAAGAGAAAAACGAGAAAAAGAGCUUGGUGGUUAUGGUUUUGGUGAGGUUGUUUGCAAGGAAAGGUGUCUUGCUUUGGAGUCUUCUGGGAACAGUGGCCAACAAGAUUUCAUAUCAGCAGGCACAGUAAGCAAUGGGGUUGAGGAGGAUCCUGUUCUUUUGCAUGAGAGGAACCAGGCUGAUGACGAACAAAUCAGUGGGGAAAUUACUAUGAAGGAGGAAAACUUGCCCUUUUUUUUCAAGACCAAGGAUGUGGUGUGCGGGGAAAUUGAACUGAUAGUUGAAUCAGUCAGAACACCAUGCCGGAACAAUGAGUAUGGGUGCAAUGAAAGAGUGGACUGCAUGAAGAACAGUUGCCAUGAAGAAACAUGCAUUUAUGCACCUUGUACGUGCCCACUUCCAGGUUGCAACUUUGUCAACUCUUCCAAACAGUUGUCACUGCACUUUAGCAGCAAGCAUUGGGAUUCUGGACGGCGUUUCAGAUACAACAGCCCAAUAUCUGUUUCCUUGGGGAUGAGUGAACAAUUUCUUGUUCUUCAAGCAGAGGAUGAUGGUGCUCUUUUUCUCCUCAACAAGGGGAUUGAAAGUAUUGGGAACACAGUUAUGAUUACUUGUAUUGGACCAAGUUCCUUGAAAACUCUGUUCACAUAUGAUCUUAUUUUGAAACGAGGAAACAGCUCUCUCAGAUUAAAAUCACUGGCUGAGAAUUUUCCGGGGCGGGUGGAAGGUUUCCCUCAAAUGGAUUUUCUUCUGGUUCCCCUUCGUUUCCUCAAUUCUUCUGGGCAGCUUAACUUGGAUGUAUGCAUAUGGAAUUCCACAGAACUGGGAUAUGGUUUUUCUUGAUUUAGUAUAGAAGUUAUCGGGUGCAGUGUCAAACCAAAAGGAAGCACUCAUCCUACCUUAAUCUUCUUAGAACAGCGCCUCGUAAAUUUAGCUACCUUAAAUGUUCUUAUUGUUUGAUUAAUAAUUGUUAGUUCUUAGCCCUUUGAAUUUUUGUUUC